GGAAGAGGCGGGCGGCGCCCGCAGCCGCAGCCGGAGCCGCCGGAGCCGGAGCGGUGCUACGCCGGGAGCCGGGCCCGCCGGAGCGCUCGGUCUGAACUUUUUGGUUGGCCAUGAACGCUAGCGGCCCUGGCUAUCCGUUAGCCUCUCUCUACGUGGGAGACCUCCACCCAGAUGUGACCGAAGCCAUGCUCUACGAGAAGUUCUCGCCUGCUGGGCCCAUCAUGUCCAUCCGAGUCUGCCGGGAUGUUGCCACGCGCCGAUCGCUGGGCUAUGCCUACAUAAACUUCCAGCAGCCUGUGGAUGCUGAGCGAGCCCUGGACACCAUGAACUUUGAAGUGAUCAAAGGCCGUCCCAUCCGCAUCAUGUGGUCCCAGCGGGACCCUGGCCUCCGGAAGUCGGGGGUUGGAAACAUAUUUAUCAAGAAUCUGGAUGACUCCAUUGAUAACAAAGCUCUGUACGACACGUUCUCCGCCUUUGGAAACAUCCUGUCGUGCAAGGUGGUUUGUGAUGAAAACGGAUCUCGUGGCUAUGGCUUUGUUCACUUUGAGACUCAUGAGGCAGCAACUCGGGCCAUUGAGACCAUGAAUGGGAUGUUGCUCAAUGACCGGAAGGUGUUUGUUGGCCAUUUCAAAUCCCGCAAAGAGCGUGAGGCAGAGUUUGGGGCCAGGGCGAUGGAGUUCACCAAUGUCUAUAUCAAAAACUUUGGGGAUGACAUGGAUGAUGACAGACUACGGGAAAUAUUCUCUAAGUUUGGAAAGACACUAAGUGUUAAAGUCAUGAUGGACACCACUGGCCGCUCAAAGGGCUUUGGAUUUGUCAACUUUGAGAAGCACGAAGAGGCCCAAAAGGCGGUGGCUGACAUGAAUGGGAAGGAGAUCAAUGGGCGGAUGGUGUAUGUGGGCCGAGCCCAGAAGCGGCUGGAGCGUCAGAGUGAGCUGAAGCGGAAAUUUGAGCAGAUCAAGCAGGAGCGAGUGAGCAGAUACCAGGGUGUCAACCUGUAUGUGAAGAACCUGGAUGAUGGGAUAGACGAUGAGAGGCUGAAGAAGGAGUUUUCUCCCUACGGUACCAUCACCAGUGCUAAGGUGAUGACAGAGGGUGGCCACAGCAAAGGGUUUGGGUUUGUAUGUUUUUCCUCCCCAGAAGAGGCUACCAAGGCCGUGACAGAAAUGAAUGGGAGGAUCGUCAGCACCAAGCCUCUCUACGUCGCGCUCGCUCAAAGGAAAGAGGAGCGGAAAGCAAUCCUCACCAAUCAGUACAUGCAGAGAUUAGCCACCAUGAGGGCUCUGCCCGGCCCUCUCCUGGGCUCAUUCCAGCCCCCCCCAGCAUACUUUCUACCCCCCAUCCCCCAGCCACAAACCAGAGCUACCUUCUACAGCCCCAGCCCGGUUGUCCCAGUCCGUCCUGCCACUCGCUGGAGUGCGCAGCCUUCCCGGCCUCCCCCAGCAUAUCCUGCAGCUACCCCCAUCCUGAGGGCUGCUGCACCACCCCGGCGCUUGCUGUCCAACAUCAGCACCAUGAGACAGGCUGCCACCCAGGUGCCCCGUGUGCCCCCCCAGGCCCAGAGAGUGGCCAACAUCGGGACGCAGACGGUCAGCGCUCGGGUGCCUUCCUCGCCCACCCUGCCACGGAGCACCCCGCAGUACAAGUACUCCUCGGCCAUCAGGAACGCGCAGCCGCUGGGGCACAUGCAGCCUGUGGUGGCCCCGCAGCUAGGAGAACCUGCUGUGCAUGUCCAGGGGCAGGAGCCGCUGACAGCAUCCAUGCUUGCAGCAGCCCCUCCUCAAGAGCAGAAGCAAAUGAUAGGUGAGCGCCUCUACCCUCUGAUCCACACGAUGCAUCCCACGCUGGCUGGCAAGAUCACUGGGAUGCUGCUGGAGAUAGACAACUCUGAGCUGCUGCUGCUCCUGGAGUCCCCUGACUCCCUGCGCUCCAAGACUGAGGAAGCGGUUGCUGUUCUCCAAGCGCACCAGGCUACGGAGACGUCGCACAAGAGCAGCACCGCGGUGUUCCUGCAGUGACUCCGGGUAGGCGCAGGGAGCUGUUGCAAGUGUCGGUGUGUGCAUACUGUAUCCAGUGCCUCUGGCUUCUGACUCUGAAACUGGGGAUUGGGUUUCUUGUCCAGACCAAGUAUGGCUUGAUGAGCAAUAUAAGUAUCUUUGACUGUAAUAUUCCACUUCUUAAAUCACAUCCUCCUUUUCCAGACUUAAUUGUACUGCAGAGACAUGGUUCUGUGCACUUUGAGUAUGUUCACAAGGGCAAUGACUCUGCAACCAGGAAGGAGGAUAGGAAAGGAUCUUGCUUUUCUGUAGGUGUAGUAGGGACUGGCACAAUCUUUCCUGGGAUUUCCCGGUGGUUUUUUGCAGAACCUUGUCAGUAGAUACCCUAUAAAAUGUUGGUGGUCCAGUGUGUGCUUGAUCAGGAGAGCUGGUCCUGCUGUGGAGGGUGGGACAGACUCAUUAACAAGCAAUUCAGACUUUCACUUACCCCUCUGAAGAUAAUAUUUCCUUGACUUGUGGUUGCAAGGAAACUGUUAAUUCAAGUUCAGGUGAAUUCUUUUCUGGAUGAAAUUGUUCCUUUAGCAGUUGAAAAUUGCAUAUGUGGGUUAUUUUAGGGUUUUUUUUUGUAGACAUCAGGACUGAGAGCAAGCCCUGAGAACAUUGCCUUUGAAGAACAGCAGCAGCAACCCCACCGUGCUUUUGGAAUCGCGUCUGUACAGUGACCUUGGCUUGUCUUCAAUGCCCCAUCCUAUUUUUCUUGUGUGUAUUGUAAACCUUGCAGAAUUGUUUCCUCCUGCACCCGUAGAAAAUUCCCACACUAAUUCUUUUCUUGCUGCUGAAAGCAUAUUGUGAAAUGUAACGUGGAACCCAGCCUGGUUCAGUUGCCCAGGAAAUGACAAGUGCCGAUGAAUCAUCAUUUUUAGUGGAUUUAAUGGGUUCUGUAGUUUUAUUUGCUCUUGUAGCUGACACUAAUAAAGAACUGAUGCUUUCACCCCCAAAGCAUGGGUUAGUUCCCUUUACAGAAAGACUGCAAAUACUUCUGCUCUGUUUCAUGCAGGUGGAGGGAUGGACUUGGGUCAGGCUGCUGUAAUUAGUGUUUGAAGCCUGUGAUGCGGGUGGGGUGGCAGUCCUAAGAGCUGAUGGGAAGGGACACAUGGGAUUAAAUGAACAAAGUGCCAACCAACAGGCUCUCCUGAUCAUUCCUGACUCUUCAGAAGGAUGGCUCUAAGCAAAUUUCAUACCAUCUACCUGGAUUUUAUCCUUCUAGCUAGCUGUUUUUAACUUCCUUUUAAAAGACAUCAUCUUCCUGUGGUUCUGCUUUGUAAUGGACCUUGUACAACUGCAGGAGUACUGGCACUGUGUGUCCCCUGCUGGUCACCAUGCUCUGUGUGUGUCUGUGGUGCACAAGACCCAGCUUUUGAGGUAAUGUGGAGUAGCUGUAAAUCAAAAGCUGCUUUUCCAAUGAUGUGUGGUGCUGACCAGUGGUUUGGAGGAGUCACUGAUGGGCCUGAAAACAUUCAUAACCACAUUGCAUCCCACUGGGAUGCUCCCUGCUCGCCGGCAUAGCUGGGACCUCUUAUUACUGUGUUCUGCUCUCUGGGGCUCUCCCAGAGCAUGUUGCUGUUGUCAUCCUGGCCUUAAUGCUCUGCUCUUCCUAUUCAGGAAAGGGCCCUAGAGGCUUCUUGGUACUUGAGACUGGCAAUGUAUUGACCUUACUUGACUGCCUGCUUCCUUGAGCUGACAGGAGCACACCUCCAUCAGCACCACCUACCUCCUUUCUGUCCAGCUUGUGUGCUGGUGUUUCUGGCUUGAUCUUCCUUCUGUGCUGUCUCAUGCUCACUUCAGCUCGCUGCUGAGUCAUUCCUCCUAUCUGUUUUCUUUCCAGCAUUUUAAUAGGAUCACUUACCAUGCAGGAGCAAAUGUGUAUCUGCUCUGCUGGGACUCUUCAUCAUUCCUUUUUCUUGCCCAAUUCUUCCUCUGACCUCCUU